UUCCUUUGCUCGGUUUACGUGCCCAUGUGCACUGACAAGGUUCCCAUCCCCAUCGGGCCAUGUGGCAGCAUGUGUUUGUCUGUGAAGAGGAAGUGCCUCCCGGUUCUCCAUGAGUUUGGCUUCAUAUGGCCUGAGGUGCUCAACUGCAGCCGUUUCCCACCUCAGAAUGAUCAUAACCACAUGUGUAUGGAGGGUCCGGGGGAUGAGGACCCCCCCUACCAGCUGGUCCGCCACCCUCCCCUGCAGGAGGAGUGUCAGGCUUUGGGGUCUGCACCUGAUCAGUAUACCUGGCUCAAACAGACAGAAAGCUGCACGCUUCAGUGCGGCUACGACAGUGGGCUCUACCGACGGGGGGCCAAGGUCUUCACAGAUGCGUGGAUGGCGGUGUGGGCCGUGAUGUGCUUCCUGUCGACCACGCUGACGGUGCUGACCUUCCUGCUGGAUUCUCAACGAUUCUCCUACCCCGAGAGGCCCAUCAUCUUCCUCUCCAUGUGCUGCAAUCUGUACAGUGUUGCUUACCUGGUACGACUGACUCUUGGCAGAGAACGUGUUUCCUGUGACCUGGAUACAGCUGCUGUACCGAUCCUGGUCCAAGAAGGGUUAAAGAACACGGGCUGCGCUAUAGUUUUCCUCCUCCUCUACUUCUUUGGCAUGGCCUCUUCCCUCUGGUGGGUGAUCCUGACCCUCACCUGGUUUCUGGCUGCUGGACUGAAGUGGGGCCAUGAGGCGAUUGAAAUGCACAGCUCCUACUUCCACAUAGCAGCCUGGGCCAUCCCAGCUGUCAAAACCAUCGUCAUCCUCAUCAUGAGACUGGUGGAUACCGACGACCUGACUGGGCUCUGCUACGUCGGUAACCAGCAGCAGGAGGCGCUCACAGGCUUCGUGGUGGCGCCACUAGCCACAUAUCUUUUAAUAGGAACUCUAUUCAUCUGUGCGGGCCUCGUAGCUCUUUUCAAGAUCCGCUCCAAUCUGCAGAAAGACGGAGCCAAAACGGACAAGCUGGAGCGUUUAAUGGUAAAGAUUGGGGUGUUUUCUGUUCUCUAUACGGUUCCAGCAUCCACCGUCAUCGGCUGCUACCUCUACCAGCUCUCUCACUGGGGGGAGUUCAGGGCCAGCACACAGGACUCCUACGUGGCAUCGGAGAUGCUUCGAAUCUUCAUGUCGCUGCUUGUGGGCAUCACGUCGGGGAUGUGGAUCUGGUCGGCAAAAACCCUCCACACCUGGCAGCGCUGCUCCACCCGGCUACUUAGGGACAGCCAGGCAAGCCGAGGUGGGAAAAGGGCACCAGGCGAGGGCUGGAUCAAACCAGGAAAAGGCAAUGAGACGGUGGUGUGAGAAGGAAAGUUUGAGUAAGUGUGGACAGGAAUGAAAAGUGCUGAGUUCUUCUCGUACAGAAGCUCGCUCUGCCAAAUGAAGGAGGAAGAGAUUCAAGAGACAAGAAGGGGUGUUAGAAAUGUGACCGCAGGACUUUCUUAAAGAAGCCCCCUUGGAUACAACGCCAUCACAUGAAAUCCCUGACUCUGUGCCACUAACAGAAGUUAUGAAGGAGAAAAUAGGAAAACUGAGUCAUACAGUUAAGCCUCUCUACCUCCAUUAGGUCUCAGUUGCCCAGAGAGGUGGAAAGAGUAAACAAAGGAAGAAGUGAAUAUGGAAAAAAGCUGAGAGGCGUCAGUAGGAAACACCAAUAAGCUGUAAAUCAGCGCCUCUCUGUCCAAAUCUUCAGCAGAAGAGACAGAACCUGCUGAACACAUGAAUCUGAAUGUCGUGGUGACUUUUUUUUUUUUUAAGUUUGAGAUUUUACACUGGAGCAGAAUUUAUUCAAACGUAGUCUGAAGUUUC